AUCAUGGAGGGUAGAAACCAAACAGAUGCCCUGCAAUUCUUUCUUGUUGGAUUAACGGAUGAUCCAGCUCUGUUACCACUCAUAUUCAGCCUUUUACUGUGCAUAUAUCUGAUCACCUUCCUUGGAAAUCUACUCAUCAUCAUGGUUGUGAGUUCUGACUUCCACCUCCAUACUCCUAUGUAUUUUUUUCUCUCUAAUCUUUCAUUUGUUGACAUGUGUUUAAGUUCAACUACCAUCCCAAAAGUUCUGGUAGACAUGCAAGCACAAGCUCAGAGCAUCACUUACACAGGCUGCUUCACUCAAGUCUGCUUUAUUUUGGAAUUUGCUUCCUUAGAAAACUGUCUCCUUGCUGUGAUGUCCUAUGAUCGAUACGUGGCCAUUUGUCACCCUCUGCGGUAUGCAGUCAUCAUGAACCCCACUCUCUGUGGUUGGUUAAUUAUAUUGUCCCUUGUAAUUAGCCUUGAAAACACUCUCCUUCUUGGUCUGAUGUUACUGAGGUUGUCCUUCUGCAGUGAUAUGGAAACCCCAUUAUUCUACUGUGAACUUGCUCAGGUAAUUAAACUUGCCUGUUCAGAUACCUUUAUCAAUAACAUCCUGAUAUAUAUUUCAACAUUCAUAUUUGGUGGUGUUCCAAUAUCUGGAAUAAUUUUCUCUUAUACAAAAAUUGUCUCUUCAGUUAUCAGAAUAUCUUCAGUGAAAGGAAGAUACAAAGCCUUUUCUACAUGUGCUUCUCAUUUGGUAGUUUUGUCUUUGUUCUAUGGUACGGCUCUGGGGGUUUACAUUAGCUCUGCUCUGACUAUUUCUACAAGAAGUACUGCAAUAGCUUCACUGAUGUACACUGUGGUCCCACAAAUGAUGAAUCCUUUUAUCUAUAGCUUAAGGAAUAGCGACAUAAUGGAAGCCUUGAGGAAAUUUUAUCAGUAA